AUGGGAUAUGUUUAUUAUGGUGGCAAGGGACUGCUUGCGGUGCCAACUUCCCUGGUAAAUAACAAUAACAAAACUGGCAGUGAUGCACGGCCGUAUUUUCUAUGCAUCCACUGUGGAACAUAUAACGCAUGCCGAUGCAAGAUUGUAGGCCCAACAUUUGGCUUCUGGGUAGGAGUUCUGAUGGCAAUUGUGUGCUAUCCAGCUUCAUUAUUCUGCGGAUGCUGUGCCACUGAAGUGGGCAAGAAAGUCUUAAGGACGCCAGUCGAUAUCAACGAGUCUAUAAGCCGAGCAAUCCCAUUUUGA